AUGCCUAUCCCCUCAUUACCAGUAUUCGUCGCUGCGCGGCAAAUUGCCAUAGACAAUCCUGAGCACAUUGCAAUCAUUGAUGUGUCGAAGGGCCAAUCAUUCACCUACACUCAACUCCUCGAAAAUGCUGCGGCUCUGAGCAAGCUUAUCAUUGAAACUCUUGGCUCGGCGUCAACAGGCGACCUCAACGAGCAGCGGGUUGCAUUUCUAUGUCCCGCCGGGUAUGACUACGUUGCUACGAGCUGGGCUGUUUGGUCAGCUGGGGGAGUUUGUGUACCACUCUGUACAUCUCAUCCGGUUAAGGAGCUCUUGUACACAAUCCACGAUUCAGAUCCAUCAUUGGUCAUUAUUCACCCGACCUUUGAAAAAAUUGCACCCGAAUUACGAAAGGCAGUCUCUCUACAUGUUCCAUUCAUGGGACUCGACCCGUUCACACGAAACGACAACCCCUCAUUGCCAUCCUUCUGCGCAUCUUUCCCGCUGGACCGGCGAGCCCUGAUGAUCUAUACAAGUGGAACGACUUCCAACCCCAAGGGCUGCGUCACCACCCACGAAAACAUAACAUUCCAGGCUAGCUGUCUUGUUAAAGCCUGGGAUUAUCGACGCAGUGAUCACCUCAUUCAUGUACUGCCACUGCAUCAUGUUCACGGUAUCAUCAACGGACUUGCAGCCUGUCUGCUCAGUGGAGCUAGUGUGGAAAUGCAUCCAAAGUUCGAUCCAAAGGUGAUCUGGCAACGCUGGCAGCAUUGCGAGACUUCGACCAUGUUCAUGGCAGUGCCCACCAUCUACUCCCGGCUGAACGAUUACUUCGACGCCCAUAUUCGAGGCACUGACGACGAGCAAGGCGCGCGCGCGGGGGCACAGACUUUGAGACUCGUCGUCAGCGGAUCAGCUGCCCUGCCAACGCCGAUCAAGGCCAAAUUUGCCGAAAUCACCGGCCAGAUACUGCUGGAACGCUACGGUAUGACUGAAAUUGGGAUGGCUCUUAGCUGCGGACUGAAGCCCGAAGAACGAAUCGACGGCAGUGUUGGCUGGCCAUUACCAGGGGUGCAGGUUCGCCUCACGGAGAAAGACACGGGUCGAAUCAUCGAUGGGCCCAACGAAGACGGCAUGAUUGAAGUUCGAGGGAGGAACGUCUUUCGGGAGUACUGGAGGAGACCGGAUGCCACGGCCAAUGAAUUCACGGGAGAUGGCUGGUUCAAGACGGGCGAUUGCGCUUUACGCGACUCGAACGGGGCCUACUACAUCCAGGGCCGUGCGAGUGUGGAUAUCAUCAAGUCUGGAGGGUACAAGAUCUCUGCCUUGCAGGUUGAGCGAGCCAUGCUCGCUCUAGCUCAAGUCCAAGAAGUAGCUGUAGUAGGUUUGAAAGAUGAAGAAUGGGGAGAGCGAGUAGCUGCAAUCGUUCGAUUUCGUGAGGGAGCUGAGUUGGACCUGCCAUCAUUGCGCACGGAACUUAAGAAGGAACUUGCCGCUUACAAAGUGCCCACGGUCAUGAAAAGGGUGGAUACGAUAGCUCGCAACGCCAUGGGCAAAGUCAACAAGAAGCUUCUCGUUCAGGAAUAUUGGCCAACUCACGCUUGA